CCUUCACUCCUCGUUCUUUCCAUGAGGGCCUCGGCCAGUAAUGGCGUCAAUGACGACGACCAACCAUCAGCAUCAUCGUCACAAACCCACACUCCCUUUCCUGACGUUUCUGGUCUCCGAACGAAUGCUCCCUCCCGCGAUGCUCCCGUCGAGGUGACGCUUAGCACCGAUGCUGUCUCGCCAAGCCAGGUCGAGGGGCUAGAGAUCAAGCAUAGCUGGCCAUCAGGUACUGUCGCAACUGCCGUCUGGGCGGUGUUGCUCUACCACUACAUUCCGCAGGAGAGCACCGACAGCCAUGGCAUCAUUUUCGCAGCGAGAUCAGGACGAACGGUGCGGCUGCCUGGUUCUCCCAGCGAGGAGAUAUCUGUCUCCGAACUUUGCGGCAUCGUGGCUGGUCAGCUCGAGGCAAGCUGUGAAGUAGACGGGCUACUUCGUGCUACAUACCUGUCCUGGCUUGAAGACGCCCCGCUCCAAGGGCACGAAAUGACGCUUAGCAUCAAUUCGAGUCCGACCCAACCACUCCACUGCGUCCUCCGCAGCCAAGGCCGCAUACAUAGCAGCUCUUCAGCCACACUCCUCCUUCAGCAAUAUUGCACUCUCUUCGCCUCUUUCUGUACACAACGUCACCUACCAGCGCUCAGUCCACAGCGUUUCACGUCAGAGCUCCUAGCCGGCGACAAUUCAAUGCCGCAACCGAUCAGCCUCGCAGACGAUGCCCCUCUGGAUGCGGAGCUCUUCCACCAUCAGCUGCAACGACGAGUGCGCGAGUCUCCCCAAUCCAUCGCACUCGACUUUCGCACCGAUCUUCAACAAGGGGCUGGGCAAGGUCGCAACACCCUUUGGACCUAUGCUGAGCUCGACCGUAGAGCAAGCCGUCUGGCCAAGGAGAUUCAGCAACGCCUCCCAGAAUCCUCUGAGGAACCCAUCGUAGCGCUCUGCCUCGACAAAAGUCCAGGCUCGUAUGUUGCUCAGCUCGCCUGCCUGUACGCUGGCACAGCAUGGUGUCCAAUCGAUCGCGGCUGGCCAGAAGAGAGAAAGACGGCCUUGCUCGCCAAGUCAAGCGCUGCAGUCGUCAUUGGAACGCGGCAAGACGCAUCAUCUCAGCUGCCCGCUGGCGUUGCCCUCAUCAGCAUCGAAGACGUGGACUGGGCAGGUCCCACCAGCCUCACUCCGGGCACGACAAAGUCCUCGUCGCUCGCCUACAAGAUCUGGACCUCAGGCACCACCGGGCUCCCCAAAGCAGUGGGCAUCGAGCACCGUGCCGCCGUACAAGCGCUUCGCGCCCUGCAAAGUGCAAUUCCUCACCCAUCCGACGCCACCUCUCUGCGAUACCUGCAAUUCUCAGCGUACGUCUUUGACCUCUCGAUUCUCGACUGUUAUUACACUUGGGGUCUCGGCGGUACGCUCUGCGCUUGCCCACGCGAAAUCCUCCUCAGCGACCUCAUCGGCGCAGCAAAUGCAAUGAAGGUCACGCACUCCCUCCUCACGCCAGCAGUCAUGGCCAUGACACCGCGCUCAUCGAUUCCUUCGCUACGCGUCGUCAUCAAUGGCGGCGAGAAGUUGACGCAGGUAGUCGCGGAUCUGUGGAGCGACGAUUGCACGCUGCUCAACCUCUACGGGCCUGCAGAGGCUACCCUCAUCGCAAUGCAGCGACGUGUCCCUUCAGGCGACGUGUUUAAGGCGCCGAACAUCGGCGUUGCCCUUCCAACAGUCUCGUGCCACGCCCUCGACUCGCGGGGCUGCAUCGUACUCAAAGGAGCAGUCGGUCAGCUCGCGCUCGGUGGCUACCAAUGCGCACGCGGCUACAUUGGGGACGACGACAAGACCCGCGACAAGUUUCGUGAGCACCCGCAGCUGGGCCGAGUCUACAUGACAGGCGACCUGGUUCGCCAAUUGGCUGAUGGUUCCUUUGAGUACUUGGGGAGGGAGGACGACCAGAUCAAGAUCAACGGCAUCAGGAUCGAGACAUUGGAGAUCAGCGCAAUUGUGCGCAAUUCGCACGCAGAGGUCAAAGACUCGGAGACGCUUGCGCUUGCCCUUGGUGGCAGGGAAGACGAGCAGCUGCGCAUCAUCAACUUCUCUGUUGUGCCGCAUGCGGGCGAAAGCGACAGUCAAGACGUCCUCAGGGUAGACCAAGACGCCGCUCGUGUUGCAAGGGAGCUCCGAGCGUCAGCGCAACGCUCUCUACCCAGCUACAUGGUCCCCUCCCUCUUUGUCAUUGUCGCUCGCUUCCCGCGCACCUCGAGCGCGAAAAUUGAUCGUGUAGCACUGAAACAGGCGCUCAGCAGGCUGGACGUCAAGGAUUGGGAGCACAGCAUCGCUGCGGAUUCAAGUACUGAUGACGGCGACGAUGAAGACUCCGAGGAGGUCGACUCGCAGCUCCUUCACCUCGUCGCGCAACUCUGCUCUCUCCGCACAGAAGACGUCGGCUCCACCACGCCCUUUCCUAGCUUGGGUCUCGAUUCUAUCAAGGCAAUGGUCCUCGCUCGCCAUCUGAACAACGAAGCUGGAAUUGCCGUCUCCGUCGUUGAUAUCAUUGAGCACGACAGCCUGCGUAAGCUUUCCCGCAGAAUACGAGGGGAGAGCAAUGGCGCGAUGUCAGCAGGUGGAGCAAGAGAUCGAAAAGGGAAAGGACAGCGAUGUCUGCGGGACUUUGAUGAGAAACAUUGCAAAAGCGUGGCGCACCAUCUUCGCCUUAGCAGCGGCGACAUCGAAGCGGUCCUUCCGACAACGCCGCUCCAGCAGGGAAUGCUAGCAGAGACGCUUCGUGACUCACGGCAUCGAGCAUAUUGGCUCAACCGUCUCUUCGAGGUCGAAGCCAACGGGAUGUCUGGCGAGGACAUGGUAGAGAGAGUGCACAUCGCAAUCGAGAAUGUCUCGGCGCUCCGAGUUGCCUUUGCUCAGGCUGGCUCGCUCAGCGGCAGCUCCGCCGAGCAAGGCCACGACAGCAUCGACUCCCCUUUCCUUCAGGUCCUACUGCGUGCACGGCCCAAUCUCGUAUCCCUUUUCAGCCUGGGUGAAAACGAGGACGUUCUGGAACAGCUGGUAAAGGAAAGCAAGCGCAUCACGGGCCACGAUCCGGUCAGCGGCGUUGCCCCUGUCGCAAUUGUCGUCGCGCAAAUGCCGAGCAAGACCUUCUUUCUGCUUCGACUGCACCACGCUCUCUACGAUGCAAGGACCCUAGAGCUAUUGUCAGAACGUCUGACCGAGGCCUUGACCAAUCCGAACAUCUCUGGUGCAGCCUCAUUGCUGGAUAUUCGAUCCGCACUCCCCUACAUUAUCCCUCUCGAUGGAUCGGAGAGCGCGUCUCGCAAGGCUCUGUGGCAGGACGCCCUCUCCCCCUUUCCUCACAACCACGACGUCCACUUCCCACGUCUAGGCUCUAUGAUACCCUCUUCAAGUGCAGCGCCCACCUUCGGCCGCGUCUCCCGCACAGCAAGCGUCACAUGGGCCACCCUCUCGAGCGUCGCCCAAUCACUGGGCACAUCUGCUCGUCCGCUAGCGCAGUGUGCCUGGGCUCUCAUCCUCUCCUCAUACCUCGAGACAGAAUGGAUCAUGCUCGGCGACUCCGUCUCGGGCCGUACGGUUGGGCCUGCACUUGACGAUGUCUGGGGCCCACUACACGCUACGGUCCCCGUGCCCAUCCACGUGGACCCGAAGAACACGAAGCGAAAGAUGGUGGAUCAGCUCGACGGCUUCCAUCGCAAGACGCUGGCGUAUCAACACGUCUCGCUCAGCUGGGUCAGACAGCACCUCGAGCUCUCGCCGUCGGCGAGCCUCUUUCAGUCCAUCUUCGUCUUCGAGGGAGGCCCGUCGCCCAAGAAAACGACGACGCUGAAACAUGUGCGCGACUUGGAGCUUUCGGUUGAGCAUCCCCUAGCGAUCGAGAUUCUACUCGAUGCAGAGGGGAACCUCGAGCUGGGCCUGUACUGGAGAAGCGACCUGAUGGACGGCAGGCACGCAGAGACUCUGCUGAGUCAGUAUGAUGCGGCGCUUCAGGCCUUCACUGAGCGCCUAGAUGACGAGGUGAAAAGGUGGAUGACGGGCUCAGUGGAGCAGCGGCUACUUUCAGUCACGCAAGAUCGCCACCACAAAGCGGUUGCAGCAGCCGACCAAGAGGCGAGCGUAGAGGUGUGGCUGGCUAAAGGAGCUGCUUCUCAUGGCAAUGCCCCUGCUCUCGAGUUUUGGCACGGGCUCGGCGAUGCAACAGCUCCAGGCGUUGUCUCGUACGGUCAACUCUACGAGGACGCCCGCCGCCUCGCCUCUCUCCUCAGCACCGCUCUUCCGUCGCGCUCGGUUGUGGCAGUCUGCCUUCGCCGCUGCCCAUAUUCCUACGUCGCCCUACUGGCCACGCAGCUGAGCGGCAUGGCAUACCUACCCAUUGACGAGAACCUACCGGAGCAGCGCCAGCAACUGCUGGUCAAAGACAGCGCUGCAGCCGGCGUGAUCACCGAAACACUCUUCGCCCAUCGUUUUCCCUCUGGCCCUGAGGUCUUCGUCUGUGACGACGAUCCCUUCACUCGCCGUCUCCCCCCGUCAUCCAGCUAUCAGCCCCCGUGUGUCUCACCAGACGACCUCUCUUACAUCCUUUACACCUCUGGCAGCACGGGCAAGCCAAAGGGCUGCCGCCUCACGCGUCGCAAUCUCGCCGUCGCCGUCGAAGCCUUUCGCCUUGUCUUCGAGCACGAAGCACCCAGCUCAUUAGACUCAGGCGUACGCUUUCUUGCCCGAUCAGCUGAGGCGUUCGACGUCGCUCUUCUCGAGGUGUUCCUCACGCUGCGCGUAGGAGGCACAAUUGUGACGGCUCCUCGCGCCGAGAUUCUUCAGGAUAUCGGGCGAGCUAUGGCACGGAUGAGGGUCACGCAUGCAGCCGUCGUGCCGUCCCUUUUCUUCAGUCAGGGGAAGCGCGUCGCUCCUCAGGAUUUGCCUGCCCUUCGAGCUCUCAUCGUCGGUGGAGAGAAGAUCAGCCAGGACGUCAUUGAUUUGUGGGCCGGCUCGAGGGUGCCUUUGCUGAACGCGUACGGGCCUACUGAGGCGACGAUUGGGUCCUCGAUGGCUCGUGUCCGGCCUGAAUCCUCGGCGAGCAACAUUGGUCGCCCUUUUCACGGAACGCGAUACUUGAUCACUAAGCCAGGCAGCAAUUCCCUCGUACCUACGCUGCGCGGUGAGCCCGGUGAGCUUUGCAUCCUCGGUCCUCAAGUCGGUGCUGGCUACCUGGGGCAAGAGGCAUCUGCAGCCUUCACUACAUGGGGUGGGCAACCAGCAUACCGUACAGGAGACCUGGCGCGCCUCACUGUCGAUGACGAAGCCAUGUACCUUGGGCGUAUCGAUGGAUCCCAGGUCAAGAUCCGAGGAGCCAGGCUCGAGCUGCACGAGGUUGAUGCGGCGGUCCUCAAAGCCGCCGGCGAAGAAGGCGUCAACGCGGUCUCUAUCGUGGAUGAGGAGAAAAUUGUCUCCUUUAUGGCAAGACGCUCGACCUCGCCUUCAGGCGCGCAUGUUGAGCUUGAUGCGGCUAUGCUUGCUACGACGCAGCAGACUUGGCGCAAAUUGCGCGAAAUCUUACCGGCGCACAUGGUCCCGAGCAUCAUUGUGCCUCUCUCGCACCUCCCUCUAGCUUCAAUUUCGGGCAAAGUCGACGUCAAGGCGGUGCACGAGGCAUGGAGGAGCCGUCUCAGCAAUCAGGUGGCCCAGCUGACGUCGUCGGCAGCACCCAAUGGAGACCGCCGAGCUCUCACCGACAUCGAGGCGCUGCUCGUUACCACUCUGCGCAGCACUCUCCACCUUGCUGGCGAUCGCAUGGUUGCGCCGUUCGACGACCUGUUCGCGCUCGGCUUGGACAGCCUAUCAGCCAUCACCUUCGUAAGCCGGCUGCGCCGCGAGGGCUAUGAGCUUUCCGUGGCCGACCUGAUGGCGAACUCUUUGCUCGAGGACGUCGCUACUCAUGUUGUGAAGGCCAGCAGAAACGGGGAAGCAGAGAUGCACGACUCUCUAUCAAGCGCGCUGACUGCCAAGGCACGAGAUGCGGGCCUCUUACAAGAUCAAGACGGCGAGGUCUUUCCAUGUACGCCUCUGCAGGAGUCGCUGCUUCUCCAAUCGCUCGCCAGCAAAGACGCACUCUACGUCUCGCGGAUCUCGUUCGGCGUCUCACCGGGAGCUGACCUCGAGCGCCUCAAGGCUACAGUCACUGCAGUUGUGGAAAAGAACUCAAUCUGGAGGACAGCCUUCGUCGAGCUUGACGGUCAUUUCUGCCAGUUCGUAUCCUCAACAGUCGAUGUCGAAUGGAUGAGCGACCUCGAUAUGGACGCGGCGUCAGAGGAGCUGCUCAACAGCAUUGCGACGCGCCCGCCGGUCCGCUUCUCCCUUGAUGCCAACUGGCUCACCAUCCUUGCGCAUCACGCUCUCUUCGAUGGUACUACCAUUGACCUCUUUCAGCAAGAUGUUGAGCUCGGCUGGCUCGGCGAGCAACCUCAGCCACAGCGUCCCGCUUUUGGGCAGGCUGCAAACCUGAUCGCACAGAUCGGUACGGGGGAGGGCUCCAAGGCAUUCUGGUUGGAGAGGCUCGGAGAUUUCAGCUUGACGCCUUUGCCGAAUUUGUCCGAGUUCGCAACAACGGAAGCCACGCAGAGGCAACGAUGCGAGGAGGAGACUGCGUCGUCGCUGUCGUUCAGUGAGCUUUCGAAAAGCGCACAAGGGCUCAGAGUAACUCCUCAGGCCCUCGUCAUUGCGGCUUUCUCUUCUCUCUACUCCCAGCUCACGGGCGAGGCCGAUUCCAUCUUCGGCCUUGUUCUGGGCGGUCGUACACUCCCUCUUGAAGGUGCCGAUAAGAUUCAGGGUCCUCUGCUCUCCACAAUCCCUUUCCGUACAGAUCACCUUGCCGGCAGCGGGGACCCCAACACUCACACUCGAGCGGUCCACCAAAGCAUUUUGAGCAGUUACGCUCACCAGCAUACGCCCCUGGCGCAACUCAACCAAUGGCUUCUCCUUCAAGAUCAGCAACUUUUCAAUACCCUCUUUUCAUUCCUUCCGCAGACUGCUCCGCCGCAAACACACGACGUUCUUAGACCUGUAAACGCAAGCAUGGAUACCGAAUACCCGGUGGCCUUUGAGGUUCAGCCGAUACACGACAACUCGAUUGCAUUGCGCAUUGUUUUUGAUCCGAAUCACAUACCAAGAGAGCAGGCAAAGCUCAUCCUGCAGCAGCUCGAUGCGGAGCUGCUCGCGUACGCCAAGGGCGGGCAGGUGGCCGAAGUAUCACAAAUUUCACUGCUUUCCGUCAUCGAAGAAAAGCAGACGAUCCAUGACGACGAGCUGGACGCGCAUUUCAUCCGGCAAUUCUGGAGACAACUCGAGCAACGUCCAGAUGCCAGGGCGAUUGACUUCGCAGCCGAAGGCCUCGACGCACCAUACCAGCACCUCACCUAUUUUGAGCUAGACCGCUUGAGCGACAGCAUCGCGGCAGAGCUCGUAUCCCAUCGCUCGCCCACCGUUGCCGUCUACACGCAGCGCUCUCUCCUCUUCUACGCAUCGAUUAUUGCAGUCUGGAAGGCUGGCAAGGCGUACAUGCCUCUCGAUUCAGCUCUUCCUCGCGAACGACUGCGCUACAUGCUCGACAUCGCGCAGACCAAUUUCAUCGUCACAGAUGGUACGACACGCGGCGAUGCUGAACAACUUUCCGACGACGUUCUCAUGAUCGACGGACGAUCGUCCUCGACGGCAUUCUCGCCAGCCCUCGCUCCCCUUUCAUCAGUGGCGUACAUCCUCUUCACCUCCGGCAGCACUGGAGCCCCCAAAGCUGUUCCUGUCAGCCAUCGAGCUCUCUCUGCAGCUCUCCUGUCCUGGCAGUCCAUCCUUCCGCACAAUCACUCCUCUCGCAUGCUCCAACUUGCAUCGCCCUCUUUCGAUGUCUCCCUGAUCGAAAUUUGCAUGCCUCUCGCAUUCGGCUUCACCGUCGCAAGUGCGCCAAAGGACGUCCUGUUGGAAGAUCUCGAAGACACCUUCAACAAGCUGCAGCUGACCAUGGCAGAUCUGCCCGCCUCCCUGGCUCCCACAAUUCGUCCUACCGCCGUACCACGCCUGCAGUGGCUCAUGUCCGGAGGCGACGCCAUCGACGAGCGUGUGAUAGCAGAGUGGGCACCAUACGGCCUCAUCAACGCGUGGGGACCGACAGAGGCGACGAUUGGUAACACGCUUGGCUUCGUCAAGCCUGGGUUCAAACGCUCCAUCGUCGGCCAAGCCUACCCCACGAGCUCUAUCUAUGUCUUGAAUCCUGGCUCAACGGACAUCGCGUACAAGGGAUGCGUCGGUGAGCUUGCCGUCGGUGGACCACAAGUCGCCGAGGGCUACAUGGGGAGACCAGACCUCACUCACGAGGCAUUCGUCACGAUGCCGAGCGGCGAACGCGUCUAUCGGACUGGUGAUCGAGGGCGCAUCCUCUUUGAUGGGACCGUGGAGGUGUUGGGCCGCGUCAGUCGAGGUCAGGUCAAGUUGCGCGGUCAACGCCUCGAGCUGGACGAGGUCAGCCAUGCCUUCCGUGCGCAAGCUGCUGUAGCGGACGCGGCAACUUUAUUCGUCCAGCAUCCAUCCAUGCCCGCGAAGCAGCUCGUGACAUGGGUUGCCCUCGCCGAGGCAAGUGAGAGCGAGAAGUCUGCUACCGGCGGCAGCGUCGAGACACGCAGGGAUCCGGCCGCUCAAUGGGCUCUCGACUCCAUUACGGCCGAAGUUCGCAGGCGGCUGCCCUCGUACAUGGUGCCCAGUCACAUCCUCAUAGCCCGGCGAGGUUUGCCCCUGACGCCUAACAUCAAGGUCGAUAUCCGGGCUUUGGAGAAGGCAUUCCUCGCUCUCGACGUCGAGGUGCUGCAGCUGAGCCCCUCGCACGAACCUGCCGAGAACGACGCUGAGGAGUGGUCACCGCAGGAGCAGCAGCUUUGUCACAUCUUGUCAGACCUCAGCGGCAUGUCAGAGGGCGACAUUCGCCGUACCGCCUCCUUCUACAGCAUUGGUCUGGACAGUCUGUCUGCCAUUCGCUUCGCUCGCCGCAUCAAAAACGCAGGGCUGGGAGCCAUAGCCGUGAGGGACAUUCUGCGCUCGUCCAACAUUGCGGGGCUCGCCGAAUACCUCAACACGACAUCGAGAAAGGAUUCGCGCCCCGAAGAGUUAGCAGCUGGGGCCCGAGAGGAGGUCGACAUUGUGGCUAUCCGACUCUCCAACGAAGACGAAGUGACGACCGUCCUUCCAUGCACGCCACUGCAGGAAAGCAUGAUCGAGCAGAGCAUCAUUGAGGGCGGGAGGCUGUAUUGGCAUCACCACUUGCUGCGCCUCGACAAAGGCGUGACAGAAGAAGCUUUGGCUGCGGCGUGGACCAAGGUCGUCACCAGCGCCGAAAUCCUCAGGACGACUUUCCAUCGACGCCGAUCAGGACAAGGAUGGGUUCAAGCCGUACAUCGACGAGCUGCCACGUCUGCAUCGCUCCUCUCAGAGAAGGCAGAGUCGAUCGAGACUGCUUGGCAACAGCUGGUCCAGCGACCGUGCCCUUUUAUUGUGGACGACGUACUCGCCAACGAGCCACCGCUGCAACUCACCGUCAUUCACGGCGCCAACAGGGGACUUUGUGUCGCUUUGUCAAUACACCACGCUCUGUACGACGGCAAUACGCUUCCUCAGCUUUUCGCUGACCUGGACAGUGCGCUUCAAACGCUGCGCCUGGAGCGACGGCCGCAAUUCACCCAGCUGCUGCCUCACCUUCUGCCGCGAGACGAAGACGUCCGAUACUGGGUUACUAGUCUGCGAGACUUCGAAUGUCAGCCGAGUCAACCGAUCAAAGACAGUGCUCAAGGUAUCACUCCUCUAGAGGUAACUCGACGCCUCUCUAUACCAAUGUCGGAGGCGAGAAAGUUGGCCCGCGCAGCAGCCGUCUCACUUCGCACCGUAGCUCUCGCGUCAAUCGCUAAAGUCAUGGCCAGCGCGAUGCACUCGCGCGACAUCGUACUCGGUCAGAUCGUCAGCCUGCGCGACGCUUUCCCCGGCGGUGACAUAGUGUUCGGCCCUGCCUUCAACACAGUACCCGUACGAAUUCAGUGGAAUCGCAGCGAGUCGACUAUGGGGCAAUUGCUUGCUACAGUCCAGCGCAAAGCAGACGAGGCUCGCGUCCAUUCCAACGCAGCUCUCCGAGACAUCCUGCGAGAGCUCGGCCUGCUCGCUGCACCCUUUGACGUACUCGUCGAUUACCAGGUAGCAGAGGCGUAUGGUCACGAGUGGAAGAAAGUGCAGCUUGCAUUGCCACCCUCGUCAGCAGGAGGUCAAGUAGCAGGCGGCGUGCAGUAUCCUUUCAACAUCGAGGUUCGCCAAGGCCUCGAUCAUUUCGACGUUCACGUCACCGCUGACCCCCAGUAUUACACCUCGGGGAAGGUUCAGGUGCUACUCACACGGUUUGAGGACGUCUUUGUCGACUCUCUGACGCAUCUGGAGCGCCCAGCAGAUGCUCUCCCCGCCUCGCAUCCCUCUCUCCCGCCCAGCAAGCAGAAUGGAAUCCACGCGCACCCUCUUGCCGAUGGCUGCGAUGAUCAGGGUUGGUCGCCUCUUGAAUCGGAACUUCUCAAGCACGUCCUUUCGAUAUCGCAAGCCAAAUCGGGGCAUGUCCUUCCAACCACGUCGCUUGCCUCUCUUGGCUUCGACUCAAUCAGUGCGAUCCGCCUCGCGAACCUGGCGAAGAGAGAAGGCAAGAUGAAGGUGGCUGUCGCUGAUGUGGUGCAUGGGAUGUCGAUCCGGGGGAUUGGGAGGCUGGUCGAGGCGCGCAUGACGAAGAAAGAGGAGGCGAUGCCAUCGUUCUCCGCUCCCCUUGUAGGCGAAGAGGUCAGGCACCGGCUGCUUGAGCGACUGAGCCUGUGCAGCGACCACGUUGAGGCUGUUCUGCCCGCUCUCGCCGGCCAGUCCUUCCAUUUCGCUAGCUGGCUCAACAGCGGCAAACGCAUGGGCGGCUUCUAUUCUUUCGUCUGGAAGGCAGAGCCAGCCCUCGAGGCCGACAAGCUGGAGACGGCCUGGGCCCAGCUCUGUGCCCACCACGCCAUCCUUCGUACUACCUUUGUCGCGGAGCAGGGCAGUCUGUACCAGAUCGUGCUUCAGGAGAAGCCCCACCUCGCCGUCCAUCCUGCCGUGGAGAGGGACAGCGACCUCGACACCGCUGUGAGAGGCCGUCUCCAGCAACUCGCUCAUACGCGGUCGGAGCGCUCCUUCUCCCGCGGAUUGACCCAAAUUGAGGUCUUCUCCAACGCGACGCAGUCGCUGCUGAUCCUUGACCUCCCGCACGCCCUUUAUGAUGCCUCGUCCCUCGACAUGCUCGUGCGAGACUUGCAGAUACUCUACGCGGAGGGAGCGGCAGAGCUGGGCGCGAAUGAUUGGGCUGGCUUCGUGAGGCGCGUCAAGUCGAACGAAGGAGGUGCAGAGGAGGAGGCGGCUUUCUGGAAGGGGCAGCUCACCAACGUGCAGCCUACGAUGCUGUCCGAUGCACGCAGACGGCGGAAUGUGGCGUGCGACAGCACGGACGUCGCCUUCUUCAUCCCGAGAGCAAUGACUCUCUCGUUUCGCCACAUGCAACAUCGGGUCCAGCACCUCCUCAUGGCUUCUUUCUGCGCCGAGCUGCGAGCCCUCACCAAUGUCGAUCGGCCCAUCUUCGGUCUCUACCAAGCCGGACGCGCAACAAGCUGGGCAGCAGCUGACGGCGGUGACAUCGAUGCGGAGCAACUCGCUGCGCCAACGAUGAAUGUCUUGCCCAUGCAAACGCCAGCAGAGGCAGGGCUCAGCCAUAUGGCCGAGCUCCUUCGCACGCAGUUGCUGGAGCGGAUGCGCUGGGAGCAGAGCAAUCUUGGCUCAGUCUGCAAUUGGGCACGAGGAGGUGGCGAGGCCCUGUUCGACACCUACUUGAACGUCAUCAUGCGGCCAUCGGAGUCCCUUCUUUCCGCUCAUAGCUGGCAAGCAAUCACGCUGGGCGACGCCGUGGAGUUUGCGCCAUCCGAGAAGCAAAACUUCGCGACGCCCAUCGACGAGUUUGGCAACUUGGGUGGAGCAGGCGCUCUGAUGCGCGAGGCGACUGGCCGGAGAACGCUCGAUGUAGAUGUUGUGGUCAGCAACGGCAAGGAUGGUCAGAUGACCGUCGACUUCGGCGUUCGGUGCGACGCGAGGGUCAUGGGUGAGGACGAGCUUCGUAGCAUGGUUGCGCGUAUCGUGGAGCGGGUGGACAGCUGCUUGAAAGAUGGGUCGUCAAAUGGGCGUGCAAGGUGAUGCAGUGUUCAGCAACUAUGUAUUCCGGAGCUUUCAAUGAAUAGCAAAGUCACGAAUCUCUCG